AUGUACCCAAAAGGCGGAACUUAACUUUAUAACUGAACAAUGCAGGACUCAAAGAAAGAUCUGUCAUUGAACAGCCAACAACAAGAGAUGCUGAAGAGGUGAUUCAGCAGCCUUCAGAGCAGCCACACAUUAGAACAGGACACAGGAAUGCUGAAGCAGAACCUGAAGAUGAAAUCCAAUCUCUGCUACGUGAAGCUCUCAACUCACAACUUGGAGAAACAGAUGAAGAACAUGAAGAUGAAGGAACACAGUUUCAGCAGGAGGAAAAUACUGAAAUGCCAGAAGAUACUGUUGAUGUCCCUGUAGUAGAGGAGAGCUAUGAUAGGGAAUUGGAAGAUAAUAUGCCAGGCAUAUUAGCAACCCCAGAAUCCUUCCAGGAAGAACCAACCAGUGAGCAUGAAGAACGAGAACCAGAACUAGAUGAACCUCAUGGUAUGCAUGAAUAUGACACAGAUGAAGAAGAAAAUACAUAUGAACCAAUAGAACCAGAUGCUAGUGAAUUAACUCUAGAAGAUGCUCUUGUGCAUGAAACAGAAACUUUUUCUGAACGUGAAGAACAGCAAGAUUAUGUGGAUGAACAUGAAAUGGAAAAUGAAGAUUAUAUUGAAACUCGGGAUACAGAUGGAGAACCUGUAACUGAACAUUAUUAUGAGGCCUUAGCAGAAGAAACCUUACAAGCAGAACCAGCUGACAGUACUGAGCAAAGAAAUGAACAUGAAGUAGAUACCUCAGAGACCAUUAUUGAACAUACUGAGUCAGAUGAGGGAGAACAUGAAAAAUAUCGUGUGGAUGGUCAACCUCGUGAGACAGAAGUUCCUGUUCAUACUGAGAGUCAUUCAAAGGAUAAUCUAGUGGGGCGAGGUGAAAAAGAAACUCAGCAGAAGGAGAAAGCUAAGAAGAAGAAACCUAAAUUGUUCAACAAAUUUGAUAAAGGCAUUAAAGCAGAGCUUGAAGCUGCAGAGAAACUGCGUAAAAAGGGGAAAGCAGAAGAUGCUCUGAAGGCAUUUGAAACAUUAGUAAACAAAUAUCCCCAAAGUCCACGGGCAAGAUAUGGCAAAGCACAGAGUGAGGAUGACUUGGCUGAGAAGAUGAGAAGCAAUGAAAUACUGCAGAGAGCCAUCAGCACCUAUGGAGAGGUUGCUAGUCUGCCCAGUGUCCCUGAUGAUCUGAUCAAACUGACUUUGAAACGACGGGCAGACAGGCAGCAGUUUCUUGGUCGCAUGAGAGGUUCACUGGUAACUCUUCAAAAACUAGUCAGUCUCUUUCCUAAUGAUACUUCAUUCAAAAACAACCUUGGAGUGGGAUACCUUUUGAUUGGAGACAACAGCAAUGCCAAAAUGCUUUAUGAGGAGGUCUUGAACCUUGCUCCUAACGAUGGUUUUGCUAAAGUGCAUUAUGGCUUCAUCUUGAAAGCAGAGAACAAGAUUUCAGAAAGCAUUCCUUAUUUGAAAGAAGGUCUAGAAUCAGGAGACCCUGGCACAGAUGAUGGGCGCUUUUACUUUCAUCUGGGGGAUGCCAUGCAGCGAGUUGGAAACAAAGAGGCAUACAAAUGGUAUGAACUUGGCCACCAACGGGGUCACUUUGCAUCUGUCUGGCAGCGUUCAUUAUACAAUGUCAAGGGCAUAAAGGCUCAGCCAUGGUGGACAGCAAAAGAAAUAGGUUAUACAGAACUGGUCAAGUCUCUGGAAAGAAACUGGAAAAUUAUUCGGGAUGAAGGGCUUGCUAUGAUGGAUAAGGGGAAAGGACUCUUCCUCCCUGAAGAUGAGAACUUGCGGGAAAAAGGUGACUGGAGCCAGUUCACACUUUGGCAGCAAGGAAGAAAAAAUGACAAUGCCUGUAAGAGUGUUCCCAAAACAUGUGGAUUAUUGGAACGGUUUCCAGAGACCACUGGAUGCAGAAGAGGACAGAUCAAGUAUUCUGUCAUGCAUCCAGGGACUCAUGUCUGGCCUCACACAGGGCCUACUAACUGUAGGCUGAGGAUGCAUUUAGGUCUAGUGAUUCCAAAAGAAGGCUGCAGGAUUCGGUGUGCUGAAGAAACCAGGAACUGGGAAGAAGGGAAGGUCCUCAUCUUUGACGACUCUUUUGAACAUGAAGUUUGGCAGGAUGCCAGUACUUAUCGUCUAAUAUUUAUUGUGGAUGUCUGGCAUCCAGAGUUAACAGCACAGCAGCGACGCACCCUUCCAGCCAUUUAGAGGUGCCUCUUCCAAUGUGCUAGAUGCUGUCCCCUUUGAGGUCUAUAUUUUUCAUUGGGAUAUGGUAUCCUUAUAAAAAUUGGACUAUAGGAAGGCUUCAAAGCAAACCACCCUGUGUAUUAUACCAUUUUACAGCACUGAUCUGAUAGCUCUGUAAUCAUGCUGCAAGAACAGAUAUCUUAAACUGUAUCAGCCAAAGAACUUCCUUUGCCAGAGUUUUGUUGUGCCUGUAUUGUGUGUAACAGUGCUUUGAUGUACACUUGUACUUCACACUCAACUACUAAA